GGGCAUGAGUUGGCUGAAGACUGCCUUGCGGAGUCCUCCGUGCUCACUGAGUGGGAGGGUCACACUGGAGGGACGAAUAAGGGCAGAGAUGCGUCCCGCUUCCACUCGCUGGGAGCUGGCGCGGGCCACUACGCGGUGGUGCGGCAGCCCUGUCCGGACUCCACCGCGCCUCCCAGGGGCUCAGAUACCAACUCAAGGUCUGUGGCCCUUUGUUCCCAUGGUUUCAAGGCAUGAUGAGGCACACUGGCUGUUGGAAACUGUGGACUUGGGUGGCAAUGUUCCUGCUUCCUGCUUUCACUUGUGUGACAGUCAGAGACAAGUCAGAAACAACCUGCCCUAUACUGAGAAUGGAGGAAUUUCAAGAUGACAGAAACAAGCUUGAAGUUUCAGGCUUUGAUCUGGGAGAGAGCUUUGCUCUGAGGCAUGCAUUUUGUGAAGGUGAUAAAACCUGUUUCAAAUUGGGAAGCGCACUUCUUAUCAGAGACACUGUUAAGAUAUUUCCCAAAGGCCUUCCUGAGGAGUACUCUCUAGCGGUUAUGUUUCGGGUACGAAGAAGCACCAAAAAGGAGCGGUGGUAUUUAUGGCAGAUUUUAAGCCGGGAGAAUAUGCCACAGAUUUCUGUAGUGAUCGAUGGUACAAAGAAGGUGGUAGAAUUUAUGAUCCGAGGUGCUGAGGGAGAUCUGUUGAACUACGUUUUUAAGAACCGAGAGCUCCGUCCUCUCUUUGAUCGUCAGUGGCAUAAACUUGGCAUUGGUGUGCAAUCCCGAGUCCUUUCAAUUUAUAUGGAUUGUAAUUUAAUUGCAAGCCGACAUACAGAAGAAAAGGACUCUGUGGAUUUUCAUGGAAGGACGGUUAUUGUGGCACGAGCUUCAGAUGGCAAACCUGUGGAUAUUGAACUUCACCAAUUUAUAAUCUACUGCAAUGUAAACUUCCUAGCAGAAGAGUCAUGUUGUGAUGUAUCACCUACUAAGUGUCCAGAUCAAGAUGACUUUGGAAGUACCACAUCAUCAUGGGUGACUUCUUACGCUGGUAAAAUAUCUUCAUAUCUGCCGGGGAAGCAGGAACUUAAAGAUGCUUGCCAGUGUAUUCCAAACAAGGAGGAAGCAGGAUCAUCAGGAACUCUGGGUUCCUUCGGACACAAAGGCGACAAAGGAGAGCCGGGUGAAAAUGGCUUAUAUGGUACUCCAGGCUUACCUGGUCAAAAGGGAGAACAAGGACUUGAAGGCAUCAAAGGAGAAAAUGGUGAAAAGGGUGAACCAGGAGCCAAAGGAGACACUGGUCUGGCUGGCCUUAAUGGACAAGAUGGUUUGAAAGGUGACUCGGGUCCUCAAGGUCCACCUGGCCCCAAAGGAGAAAAGGGUGACAUGGGACCUCCAGGGCCACCAGCCUUAACUGGUUCCAUAGGGAUACAAGGCCCCCAAGGUCCACCUGGAAAAGAAGGUCAAAGGGGAAGACGAGGGAAAACAGGACCCCCAGGAAACCCCGGACCCCCAGGACCGCCGGGACCUCCUGGGUUACAAGGACUACAACAGACUUUUGGUGGAUAUUUCAACAAGGGAACUGGUGAACACGGAGCUAGUGGCCCCAAAGGAGAAAAGGGUGACACUGGGAUGCCAGGAUUUCCAGGAUCUGUUGGCCCUAAAGGACUCAAAGGAGAACCUGGGGAGCCUUUAACAAAAGGUGAAAAGGGAGAUAGAGGAGAACCUGGCCUAUUAGGACCACAGGGAAUAAAGGGGGAACCUGGAGAUCCUGGUCCCCCUGGUUUAAUAGGAAGCCCAGGGCUAAAGGGUCAGCAAGGACCUGCAGGUCCCGCGGGGCCCAGAGGACCACCAGGAGAUGCUGGAUCGCCAGGAGAACAUGGUAUCCCGGGGAAAGAAGGCAUUAAAGGAGAAAAGGGAGAUCCUGGUGGAAGGCUAGGACCUCCCGGACUUCCAGGUCCAAAGGGUGAUACUGGGCCUCCAGGGAAAAGUCUGCCAGGGAAACAAGGUUUAGAUGGAAAUCCGGGAGCACCUGGUCCACGUGGGCCAAAGGGUGAAAGAGGGCUGCCAGGUAUCCAUGGAUCCCCAGGGGACAUGGGCCCACCAGGGGUAGGAAUCCCUGGCAGGACAGGCUCCCAAGGGCCAGCUGGAGAGCCGGGUAUUCAGGGUCCACGAGGUCUGCCUGGAUUACCGGGAACUCCAGGGGCACCAGGAAAUGACGGCGCUCCAGGGAGAGAUGGAAAGCCAGGCCUUCCAGGGCCCCCAGGUGACCCGAUCGCACUUCCUCUCUUGGGAGACAUUGGCGCCUUGCUGAAGAACUUCUGUGGCAACUGUCAAGCCAAUGUCCCUGGGCUGAAAAGCAACACAGGGGAUGAAGGAGGCCCUGGGGAGCCUGGAAAAUACGAUUCUGUGGCCAGGAAGAGUGAUGUAGGGCCACGGGGUCCUCCCGGAGUUCCAGGCAGAGAGGGGCCAAAGGGAAGCAAAGGAGAGCGGGGUUACCCUGGAAUUCGUGGAGAGAAAGGCGAUGAGGGUCUUCAAGGAGUUCCUGGCCUCUCAGGAGCUCCUGGCCCAACUGGACCCCCUGGCUUAACAGGAAGAACUGGACACCCUGGUCCCACUGGAUCAAAAGGUGACAAGGGAAGCGAGGGGCCUCCUGGGAAACCUGGACCUCCUGGACCCCCUGGUGUCCCACUCAAUGAAGGAAAUGGCAUGAGCAGUUUAUAUAAAAUCCAGGGAGGAGUGAGUGUUCCCAGUUACCCAGGACCACCAGGCCCCCCGGGCCCAAAGGGUGAUCCUGGCCCAGCGGGAGAACCUGGUGAAAUGGGCUUGCCAGGACUAGAAGGAUUUCCUGGUAUAAAGGGAGACCGAGGCCCAGCAGGUCCCCCAGGAAUAGCCGGCAUAUCGGGGAAACCUGGUGUCCCAGGCCCUCCAGGAGCUCCAGGGGAGCCGGGUGAGAGAGGACCUGUUGGAGAAAUAGGUUUUCCUGGACCAGAAGGGCCCUCGGGGAAGCCAGGCAUAAAUGGAAAAGAUGGAUUACCAGGUGCUCAGGGCAUCACGGGUAAACCUGGUGACAGAGGCCCCAAAGGAGAACGCGGUGAUCAGGGAAUCCCAGGAGACAGAGGUCCACAAGGUGAACGUGGAAAACCAGGUCUUAUGGGCAUGAAGGGGGCUAUAGGUCCUGUGGGGCCACCAGGAAGCAAGGGCUCCAUAGGAUCACCUGGCCACCAAGGCCCUCCAGGCUCUCCAGGAGUCCCUGGCACUCCGGCGAAUGCUGUUUCAUUUGAAGAAAUAAAAAAGUACAUUAAUCAAGAGGUCCUAAGGAUUUUUGAAGAGCGGAUGGCUGUAUUCCUAUCCCAGCUUAAGCUGCCAGCAGCAAUGCUGUCUGCUCCAGCUCAUGGGAGGCCUGGCCCACCAGGGAAGGAUGGGUUACCUGGACCCCCAGGAGACCCAGGGCCCCAAGGCUACCGAGGACAGAAGGGAGAAAGAGGUGAACCUGGGAUUGGGCUGCCAGGAAGUCCUGGUCUUCCUGGAUCUUCAGCAGUGGGUUUGCCAGGCUCACCAGGUGCCCCAGGGCCUCAAGGACCCCCAGGACCCAGUGGAAGAUGUAACCCAGAAGAUUGCCUCUAUGCUGUAUCUCCUGCCCAUCAGCAGACAGGUGGAAAGUGAAAAAUGUGGAGGAAGACGUCGUUUCUGGAGAUAUCUCUGUGCCAUUGGAGCUGUCAGGACGUGCUUCACAGCCACGUGCGCUCAUGGCUUAUGAGUCUUGGACUUCUUCCUUUUAUUUUUUUAUUUUUUUUAGAUGUAGGGCAGACAUCGAAAGCAAUCAUCUGAGUCCUAUCCUGACCGUAAUUGCAAAUCAGUAUUUUCAGAUGUUUCCCAACUUCGCUCCACGUGUUCUGCUUUACUUUGGCUGAGUUACCCUCAGUUUUCUAUGGAAAACGUAAGCGAGCCGGUUCGCGCUUCUUCAGAAGGAAUCACGGGAGAUGAUUUGGUACGCAGAUGACACACACUUUAUAAGCCCAUCAACAUGAGUAGCCGUUGAUUUCUGAAUUUUAAUUUUUCAAAUCUACCUUGAUAUUUUCUUCAUGUUUAAAUGUACCUUCAUUGCUUAGAACUUUCUUUCUGCUCGCUUCAGUUGAAAUAGUGCAUUGCUGCUGCUGACUGAUUUUUACAAGAAGUCUUAUACCAACCUACACUUACGCUACUUAUACAGGAAGAUAUGCAAUAAGAGAUUUGCUUUUAACUUAUGUUUUAAAAACUAUGGAAGCCUCUUUAUCAGGGAGCCCCAAAAUUUAUCGUAGCCAACUACUGAAAUGAUUUUGUGACUUCCUAGCAAUGAGCUCAGUUUGAAGCACUCCUCACUGGCAGGAACGUAGCACCAUGAAAAAAGGAAGAACCCGCUUGACCCUAUGCUCGCUUCAAUGAGUCUCUGCUGGUAAAAA